ACAAUUCUUGAAAAACCAGAUAAUCAAGAUGAUUCAGGAACACUCAAAUACAAGACAUCGGUCUUGAAAGUCUUCAUCCAUUGUGAAGGCUGCAAGAAGAAAGUCAAGAGAGUUCUUCAAGUUAUUGACGGUGUUUAUGAGACGACCAUAGACUCUACACAGCACAAGGUGACAGUUACUGGCAGCGUGGAUGAAGAAUUGCUCAUCAAGAAACUGUCCAAGUCGGGAAAAUACGUCGAGCCUUGGCCAGAAAAGGCUGAAAAGAAAGACAAAAAGCCUGGGAAAUCAAAGAACAAUGAGAAACAAAAAGAUGACGAAGGAGAAGCUGGUGGUGAUGAUAAUCAUGACCCAAAGAAGAAUAAGUCAGAUGAAAAGCCUGAAUUAGCCGCCACCAAAGACGGCGGUUCUGACGGUAGCAAAGGCCAGCCUGAUGGGGAUAAUCAGCCUCCAGCAGGGGACCAAAUGGGAGGUGAAAGCGAGGAACCAGACACUAGUGCUGCCGAAAGUGGUGGUGGUAAUGGAGGUAAUAAAAAGAAGAAAAAGAAAGGGAAGAAAGGUAACCCUGGUCCCAACGGUGAUGCACCAGCAUCAGGUGAGGGUCUAUCAGCUCAGGCUCUCCCAGUCUCAAACCAGGCCCCACCUAUAGGAUCAUCAACUAAUCCUAGCCCUCCACAUCAGCCUAUGUAUCCACAUGCACCACCACCUAUGUACUAUGGACCUCCAUUGUUUGGAGUAAGUUACACCACGACUCAUCCUAGCUCUACCUCUUCUUAUUUUGCCACUAUCAUGCAUCCUAAUGCAUACGGACCACCAUCUCCACCGUCCGAUCCAGUCCAUAAAUUUAAUGAACAUGAUGGUGACUACUAUGAUGAUGAUGAAACAGGCUGCUCAAUCAUGUAGUAGAUUUUUAUUUUACUAUAUUUAUUGGGCCGCACUGUUAAAUGGAGAGAGAAUAGGAAAGGAUUAAUUUUGUAAAAUGCAAUAAAAAUAAAUAUAUAUUUUGUACUUUGCUAAGAAGAAAUAAUAAAAAAGUUGCUGGUGUUUUAGACUUUUACAA